UUCCGCUGCUUUGGCGGAUGUAUAAAUCCAAUCAUGGCCGUGGGUGUUGCGCGGCACUUCCGCAAAUAUUGCUAGCGCUAGUUAUGGCAGGUCAGAUGGCUGUUGUGCAUAAAGGUAGUGAGUACUCGACACUUUCGCAGGCCAAGCGCAGACGAUUUGCUGCACUUCAGUGCUUGUUUGUGCUUCUUUAAGUGUAGAUAAAAUUUAGGGUUUCUUUCAUGUGAUCGGGAUACGUCGAAAGGCAGCUGCAUUUGUUGCACACGUGAUCAACAAUGUUACCAUUGGGUGUCACUGAGCUUUGCUAAUCUAACUGAGCCAAGAUGAGUGAGAUGUCAGCAAGCUUUCUACACUUUGGAGACAUCGUGUCUCUCUAUGCCGAGGGGAGCGUCAAUGGGUUCAUCAGCACCCUCGGUCUUGUGGAUGACAGGUGUGUGGUACAGCCUGACUUUGGUGACCUGAACAACCCACCCAAAAAAUUUAGAGAUUGCUUGUUCAAGAUAUGUCCUAUGAACCGCUACACAGCCCAGAAGCAAUUCUGGAAGUCAGCUAAGCCAAAUGUCUCAUCAGCCACGGAUGCCGUGCUGCUCAAGAAAUUGCAGCACGCAGCUGAGAUGGAGAAGAAACAGAAUGAUACGGAGAACAAGAAGCUGAUGGGAAGUGUCAUUGUCUAUGGCAACGUCAUCCAGUUACUGCACAUCAAGAGCAACAAGUACAUGACAGUCAACAAGAGGCUGCCGGCCUUGUUAGAGAAGAACGCCAUGAGGGUGACUCUGGACUCCUCGGGCAACGAGGGCUCCUGGUUCUACAUUGUUCCUUUCUACAAGCUCAGAUCUGCGGGUGAUAAUGUUGUAGUUGGUGACAAAGUUGUGCUGAACCCAGUGAAUGCAGGUCAGCCACUGCACGCCAGUAAUUAUGAACUGAUUGACAACCCCGGCUGUAAAGAGGUGAAUUCUGUCAAUUGCAACACCUGCUGGAAGGUCUCCUUAUUCAUGGAGCACAAGGAGAACCUGGAUGAAGUUCUUAAAGGGGGGGAUGUUGUUCGACUCUUCCACGCUGAGCAGGAGAAGUUCCUGACCUGCGAUGAGUACAGGAAAAAAAGCUACAUCUUUCUGAGAACAACUGGGCGCGUGUCUGCCACUGCUGCCACCAGCUCCAAGGCAUUGUGGGAAACUGAGGUUGUUCAGCAUGAUCCGUGCCGUGGAGGGGCGGGCCACUGGAACAGCCUAUUCCGGUUUAAGCACCUUGCCACGGGCCAGUAUAUGGCGGCAGAGGUGGAUAAUGACACGACCAAAGACAACACCAGAGAGAAGCUGCGCGGCCCCCACGGCGGCACUGUGUACCACUUGGUCCCCAUCACCCAUGGCAAUGACAUUGCUUCCAUAUUUGAGUUGGAUCCUACCACGCUACAAGGAGGAGACUCCAUGGUGCCUAGAAAUUCCUACGUGCGGUUGCGUCACCUCUGUACCAACACCUGGGUUCAUAGUACUUCCAUACCGCUGGACAAGGGAGAAGACAGGCCCGUCAUGCUCAAGGUGGGGACAGCCCAGAUUCGCGAGGAUCGCGAAGCCUUUGCUAUCAUCCCUGUCUCUCCCUCCGAGGUGAGGGACCUGGACUUUGCCAACGAUGCCAAUAAAGUGCUGUCGGCCAUUGCCUCCAAACUAGAGAAGAGCUCCAUCACGCAGAACGAGAGGAGAUUUGUCACGCAGCUGCUGACAGACCUGGUGUACUUUGUGGCCAUGUUGACCAACAACGGUGGGGAUGCCCUGAAUGUGGUGGUGCAGAACCCAGACAGAGACAGGCAGAAACUCAUGAGAGAGCAAGAUAUUCUCAAACAGAUCUUUAAGAUCCUGAAAGCCCCAUUCACCGACAACGGAGACGGUGCUAUGCUGAAAAUGGAAGAGUUGGCAGAUCCCCGACAUGCUCCCUACCGUCACAUCUGCCGCAUCUGCUAUCGCAUUCUUCGACUGUCUCAGCAAGCUUACAGGAAAAACCAGGAGUACAUCGCCAAGCAGUUUGGCUUCAUGCAGAAGCAGAUUGGCUACGACGUCUUGGCAGAGGACACCAUCACGGCUCUCCUCCACAACAAUCGCAAGCUCCUGGAGAAGCACAUCACGGCCACGGAGAUCGAGACCUUCGUUAAUCUGGUCCGCAAGAACGGGGAAUGCAGAUUUUUGGAGUAUCUGUCAGAUCUGUGUGUGUCCAACAACCAGGCUAUCCCUGUCACCCAGGAACUCAUCUGCAAAUCAGUACUCGUCGAGAGGAACUCGGAUAUUCUCAUUGAAACAAAGUUGGUGCGAACACAGAUGGAAGUCGAGAUGGAGGUCGAAGCUGACGAUGGCACCACGGAGCCGGUCUACACCAUCGAGGAAGAGGAGGAGGUCGUCCUGUUCUGGAAGAACGGCGCCAAGUCCAAGAGCAUCCGGGAGUUGGCCAUGGGGGCUGCCGAAAAUGUCAAAGAGGACGCCAGCGUGCUGAAAUACUACAGAUACCAACUGGACCUGUUCUCCCAGAUGUGCCUGGAUCGCCAGUACCUGGCCAUCAACCAGAUCGGCCCCCAACUGGACAUCGACCUGAUACUGCGCUGCAUGUCAGACGAGGCCCUGCCCUACGACCUGCGGGCCUCCUUCACCCGCCUCAUGCUCCACAUGCACGUGGACCGCGACCCCCAGGAGCAGGUCACGCCCGUCAAGUACGCCAGGCUGUGGUCGGAGAUCCCCACGCAGAUCACCAUCGACGAUUACGAUGGUGCCAACAAUGUCAACCAUACGGGGAAAGAGGAUACUCAGCCCAAAUUCUCCCUGACCAUCAAGUUUGUGGAGGACUACCUGUGCAACGUGGUGUCAGCAUCCUGGUCAUUCACCGACAAGGAGCAGAACAAGCUGACCUACGAGGUGGUGAACCUAGCCAAGCACCUGAUCUACUUCGGCUUCUACAGCUUCAGCGAACUCCUGCGACUGACCAAGACACUGCUGUCCAUCUUGGACUGUACGCCGGCCACGGGACUGCCCCUUGGCAAGCUGGACCCCAAGGCAGAUAUAGAGCCUCCCAAACAAGGUAAGGGCGGCGUGUUCCGCUCUAUCCACGGUGUGGGUGCCGUCAUGACCAACAUGGUGCUGGGCAGCGGCCUGCCCCACUCCCCGCUGACCCAUCACUCCCGGGGCCCCAGCGGUGCCUCCUCUGCUGGGGGGCUUGACAACCACAACAAGGAGGACGAACUCGUCAUGGAGACCAAACUCAAGAUCAUUCAGAUUUUACAGUUCAUCCUUAACGUGCGUCUGGACUACCGCAUCUCUUGCCUCCUCUCCAUCUUCAAGAGAGACUUUGACGAGAGCAAGGAUGCCAACGACGAGGUCCACCACUCCCGGCAGAGCGUGGACGGCAGCGACAGCCCCGGCAUCAACCUAGAAGCUAUAGGUGAUCAGGCUGAGGGGAUCUUUGAAGGUCACACGGAAGGUGUGGACCUUGACCUGGACUCCCAAGGCGGCAGGACCUUCCUACGCGUCCUCCUUCACCUAACCAUGCACGACUACCCUCCCCUGGUGUCGGGGGCCUUACAGCUGCUCUUCCGUCACUUCAGCCAGAGACAGGAGGUGCUGCAGGCUUUCAAGCAGGUCCAGCUCUUGGUGACGUCCAACGAUGUGGACAACUACAAGCAGAUCAAGGCAGACCUGGAUGCACUGAGACUCUUGGUGGAGAAGUCGGAGCUCUGGGUUUACAAGAGCAAGUUGGACCAGGAGAAGGAGAAGAGCAAGAGCAAAGGAAAAGCAGCAAAGAAGUUUCCUGGAUCGCUGGGUGCCAGUGAAGGAUCAUCUAUCGACUUGGAUUUGGGACCUCCUCUGGAUGCAACCAGCACUAGCAACUAUAAGAGCAUACAGCUGAUCUUGAUCCGCCUCAGUAAGCUGUGCGUGUCAGAGGGAAGCGGCACUCGCAAGAACCGCAAGCAUGAGCAACGAUUGCUCAGGAACAUGGGUGCUCACACGGUGGUCCUCGAACUGUUACAAAUCCCAUAUGAGAAGAAUGCUGACACCCGUAUGAAUGAGCUGAUGCGAUUGGCACAUGAGUUUCUCCAGAACUUCUGCUGGGGAAAUCCGUCCAAUCAGGUGUUACUUCACAAACACAUUGACCUCUUCCUGACACCCGGACUGUUGGAGGCCCAGACCAUGUGCUCCAUCUACAUGGAUAACGUCCAGCUGUGCAGCGAAGUCACAGAGCAGGUGGUCCAGCACUUUGUCCACUGCAUCGCCACCCACGGUCGGCAUGUUCAGUACCUGAAGUUCCUGCAGACCAUCGUUAAGGCAGAUGGCCAGUACAUCCGCAAGACCCAGGACAUGGUCAUGGCGGAGCUGGUCAAUGCGGGUGAAGACGUCCUGCUCUUCUACAACGACAAGGCCUCCUUCCAGAUGUUUGUCAACAUGAUGCAGGACGAGCGGGAGCGCGUGGACCCCUCCAGCCCCUCCCAGUACCACAUCAACCUGGUCUACCUGCUAGCCUGCUGCACUGAGGGCAAGAACGUCUACACCGAGAUCAAGUGCCACUCGCUGCUGCCGCUGGACGACAUUGUCCGAGUGGCCACGCACCCGGACUGCUUACCAGAGGUGAAGAAUGCCUACAUCAACUUUCUGAAUCACUGCUAUGUGGACACUGAAGUUGAGAUGAAAGAGAUCUACACCAGCAACCACGUCUGGAACCUAUUUGAAAACUUCUUGGUGGACAUGGACACGGUGUGCAAUGCCACCCACGACCGCAAACAUGCCGAACACAUGCUGGAGAAGUACGUGACUGAGACCGUCAUGAACAUCAUCACCAUGUUCUUCAGUUCACCAUUCGCCGAGCAGAGCACGACAGUACAGACCCGACAGCCCGUCUUUGUUAGGCUACUCCAGGGGGCCUUCAGGGUGUCGCAGUGCGAGUGGCUGAGGGGACAGCAGUAUCACGUGCAGAACUGUAUCAAAACACUCACCGAUAUAGCCAAGAACCGUGGCAUCGCCAUACCGGUGGAUCUGGACAGCCAGGUCAACACACUCUUCUCCAAGUCGCAGAUGGUGAUGAAGCACACGCGACACUGGCUGAGCCACAAUGCCAACCGGCGGCGGGACUCCAUGGUGGCCAUCUCCAGGGACUACCGCAGCAUCAUCGAGGGACUGCAGGAUAUUGUGUCUCUCCUCGAGGAUCAGCUGAGACCCUUGGUCCAAGCGGAGCUGUCGGUCCUGGUGGAUGUCCUGCACAGACCCGAGCUGCUCUUCCCUCCGGGCACUGAGGCCAGGCAGAAGUGUGAGAGCGGAGGCUUCAUCAGCAAAUUGAUCAAGCACACUGAGAAACUCCUAGAGGAGAAAGAAGAGAAACUCUGCAUCAAAGUGCUGCAGACGCUCAAGGAGAUGAUGACUGUGGAUAUCGAUUACUCAGAGAAGGCCCAGGAGGUCAGCACCCAGAACAUGACUAAGAAACAAGUGGAGGAUGCGGCGAGGGGAGAGGACUUACGACAGAGCCUCCUGCUACGCUACUACGGCAAGGCUCACCUGCGCAUUAAGCAUGAGGGGUCGUUGCCGGGUGGCCGAGGUCAGACCAACCUCAGCAGCACGGGGCCGGGCUCUGUGGUGCUGAGCAGGGCCGAAAUGACUCUGGCAGAGGUUCAAUGCCAACUGGACAAGGAAGGGGCGUCAUCUCUGGUGAUUGACCUGGUGAUCAAGAACAGCAGCAAUCGAGUCUUCCUGGAGAGCGUGGAACUGGGCAUUGCUCUCCUGGAAGGCGGUAACACCAACAUACAGAAAUCCAUCAUCAACUGCCUAAUGUCUGACAAGCACUCAGAGAAGUUCUUCAAGGUCUUCUUUGACCGCAUGCGAGAGGCCCAGGCCGAGAUCAAGGCCACAGUGACGGUGAACACUGGGGAAGGGAUGGGAAAUAAGCCCACAGAGGAGGGAGUGACAAACACCAAAGACCUGGCCAACAUCAGCCGCAUGAGGAGGGCUGGACGCGUUCCAAAUGGCUCCAUUAGCGACGAGUUGAAGGACCAGCUGGCCGAUGCUGCCUUGCACACCAGCAAAGCCUUUGCGGCUGUCCGCCGGGGACGCGAUGACGACCCCUCUGCCCUCAUGCCAGGCUUGGAGGUGCUGGGCGGGGCCGAGAAGGCCAAGGAGGAGGAGAACAAGGCCAUGAGCAUGGAGAUCGCCAUCAUGCAGCCCAUCCUGCGCUUCCUGCAGCUGCUUUGCGAGAACCACAACCGGGAGCUGCAGAACUGGCUUCGUCAACAGCAACAUGUGGUUAUCAAGACUUCAGGAAGUUCGAGCUACCUAAGACACCAGAACAACAAGACCAACUACAACCUGGUAUGCGAGACGCUGCAGUUCCUGGACUGCAUCUGUGGCAGCACCACGGGCGGCCUGGGCUUGCUUGGGCUGUACAUCAACGAGAACAAUGUGGCACUCAUUAACCAGACCCUGGAGAGCCUGACUGAGUACUGCCAGGGGCCCUGCCAUGAAAACCAGAAUGCCAUCGCCAACCACGAAUCCAAUGGUCUGGACAUCAUCACUGCUCUCAUCCUGAAUGAUAUCAACCCCUUAGGCAAGAACCGGAUGGACUUGGUUCUAGAACUCAAGAACAAUGCUUCCAAGCUGCUUCUGGCCAUUAUGGAGAGCAGACAUGACAGUGAGAACGCCGAGAGGAUUCUGCUCAACAUGAGCCCCAAACAGUUGGUGGAUGUGAUCAAGCAGGCCUACCAGCAGGAAGACAUGGAGAGGGAUGAUGACGAUGAGCUGGUGAUAGAAGAUGACGAUGAAGCCAUCUCCCCCCGGGAAGUUGGACACAAUAUCUACAUCCUGGCACAUCAGCUUGCUAACCAUAACAAGGAGUUGGCGUCUCUGCUGAAGCCAACUGGACCCAACUCAGAAUACUCCGAUAGGGCNNCGGAAUACUAUGCCAAACAUACAGCACAGAUUGAAAUUGUGCGCCAGGAUCGGACCAUGGAGCAGAUUGUCUUCCCCGUGCCCCAGCUCUGCGAGUACCUGACCACCGAGACCAAGCUCAAGAUCUUCCAGAAGUCUGAACGAGACGACCAAGGCAGCAAGGUGGCUGACUUCUUUGAGAAGACAGAGGACAUGUUCAUGGAGAUGAAGUGGCAGAAGAAACUUCGAGCCCAGCCAAUCCUGUUCUUGGCAAGCAGCAACAUGAGCAAGUGGAGCCUGGUGUGUUUCAACCUGGCGCUGUUCAUCAACUUGCUGGUGGCAUUCUUCUACCCAUUUGACGUCGGCACAACAGAGCUGGACCAAGGCCUGUCCAUGCUGGUCUGGCUGCUUAUGGCUGCCUCGCUGGCUGCCAUCCUGACACUAAGACGGCCCUCCAUGAUACGACCGUUGGUCUUCUCCACCAUCCUCAGGAUGAUAUUCUCCAUCGGCGUGGAGCCCACGCUGCUCUUUCUAGCUGUGACAACUAUCUUCACCAAGUGCAUCUUCAUCCUCAGCUUCCUAGGCAACUGCGGCCUGCUCUACAAAGGCGUGAAGGGGAUCUUUACCGACAUGGAGGUCCUGUACCACAUCCUAUACCUCAUCAUCUGCUUCCUGGGUCUCUUUGUCCAUGAGUUCUUCUACAGCCUCUUGCUACUGGAUGUGGUGUACCAAGAGGACACACUGAUCAAUGUCAUCCACUCAGUGACUCGCAACUGGCGGUCCAUCGCCUUCACCGCCCUGCUGGCCCUGAUCCUGGUCUACCUCUUCUCCAUCAUCGGUUAUCUCUUCCUCCAGGACGACUUUGUGUACGAGGUCAACCCUCUCCGGCCGGCCAUAGCCGCAGCCGCUAAUAAGACGGGUCCCUUACCCCAGAUAAUUCCCCCCGAAUCCUGUUCAGCAGAGACAGAAAUGGAAGAAUGUCUGAAACCAAAUUUCAGCGACUUGCAAGCAACAGGUGAAGUUAGCCUGGAUGACAACACGGGAUCAGAGAAGGAACGCGCCUGCGAGACACUGAUCAUGUGCAUCAUCACCACGCUGAACUUUGGCGUGCGGAGCGGUGGGGGUAUCGGCGAUGUCUUGAGAAGUCCGUCGACAAAGGAGCCGUUAUACAUGGCCAGAGUUGUCUACGACCUGCUGUUCUUCAUUGUGGUCAUCAUCAUCGUCCUCAACCUCAUCUUUGGUGUCAUCAUCGACACCUUUGCCGACUUGAGGAGUGAGAAGCAACAGAAGGAGGAGAUCUUAAAGAACACCUGCUUCAUCUGCGGCCUGAACCGCUCGUCUUUCGACAACAAGUCCGUCUCUUUCGAGGAGCAUUGCAAGGAAGAGCACAACAUGUGGCACUACCUGUACUUCAUCGUGCUAGUCAAAGUGAAGGACCCGACCGAGUUCACCGGCCCCGAGAGCUACGUCUAUAACAUGAUCAAGGAGAAAAAUUUGGACUGGUUCCCCAGGAUGCGGGCUAUGUCGCUGGACUCGGACGAGGGGGAGAGUGAGCAGAAUGAGAUGAGGAUCUUACAGAACCAGCUGGAGAACACCAACUCACUGGUCAAGGUCCUGUCCAGCCAGCUCCGAGAACUGAAGGACCAAAUGACGGAGCAGCGCAAGCAGAAACAGCGCAUCAAUCUCCUCAGCUCUCCCAGCAUCCCUCAGAUGGGUGGGCCCUGAAUCCUGUUGCCUAGCAACCCCCGUUUGUCCGAGCAACUUGAGCCACAGUGUCACCGUUGUCUUCUCAAGCUAAGAUUUCUUACCUUUGUAAUUGCCAUAUUUUUUGACUCCCAAUGAGCGCACUGGUGCUUCGGAUAUUUUUCUCCAGUAAAGCCAUACCGUCCAAGAACUCUUUUCGAAUGUGUUCUUUACUAAAUGUGAAGAGCUGUCUGCAGAAAUUGAGGAUAUUUUUCUAGUACAGGAGUCAAAAAGUAGUUUUAAUUUUGAGAUCAAAGAAUCUCGUAUACAGAAAAAUAUAUAAUUGUGGAAAUUGUGUCUCAGUAAAACAAAUGUAAAUUGUAGCUUUUAAAGAAAAACAUGUAAUGCUAUUUUUGUAGUUAUUUAACACCAAAUUUCAAUUUGUUACAUCACGUCUCCCAAAAUUUUUUUUAAAAACAGUCAGUUAUUAUUUUUGCAAAGACGGUGUUUGCUUUGUUGGCAAAUAAAGUAAAUUUUCUGUGGUUUGCUCAUGACUUGAUAGAAGUGAUAGAAGUAUCAUCCUAGUUUAAUUGAAGCGGCACCGAAAGGAAAACAUUCUGUCUAUUUCAUGCCAGGACUGGUGAUCAGAACCGAGACAUUCACUUAAUGUGGUUAGCUUUUUCCCAAGACUCCUUUGAGUCAGCAGGUGCCAGAAGGUGUUAGAAGUCAUUAAUUUCAGGUUGCGCCUGAGGUUAAUCACGAUACGCAUUUGCUGAUUUCAUAUUUACCAACUUAAACAAACCUGCGUGACCAGCGAUGAAAUGACGGGUUCAGGAGAUUAAAUCUGUGCUUUCUCCAGAGGUGGAUCAUUUCCUCCCUCCCCUUCUGCAGGAUCAGACAAAAUGUGUUCUUUGCUUGAAUUACUUUCAUCAAUAUUGAUUACCCACAAGGAGCAUGAAUUCAUUUGUAGUCGUCACCUGAUGCAGACCGCCAAUUAUGUCCGUGUCUCAGAUGUGGCAAGGGCUAGGUGUCGAAAGUCACAUGAAGACCCCCCCCUGCCCUCCUCUGGUGAGUCCUUGUGAAUGCAUGGGAUACCUUGAGGUACUUGACACCUCCUUCUUUUUCCAAUCAGCAUUCAAGUAAUAUCGUUCUUUUGGGUGUGGGGGGGGUGUGGGGAGUUGGAGGUGUUAAACGGACCGUGGUGUGAAAGCUGUCAGGUUGACGUCUUCCGCGUAACUACGCCAUCUCUCCCCAUGGGAGACGGAGGGUUGGAAGUGCGAAUGUGUCAAGCGAUAAUAUUUUGGUGUCGCAACGGCCAACUGCUACCGGACUUUGAGAUGAGCGUAGGUUGGAAGUGGGAUUUGUUCGGCCAGCAUAUCACUCCCACAGGGAGAUUAUGCAGCUGUGGAAAGAUCACCACCUCUUGUCAUCAAGAGCCAUAUUGAAAUUGGAAUUCUAAGACUUCAAAUUGCAUCUGAAUAGUUUCACCUGUGUAUGGGGACAGUGGUGUCUGUACUCGUGUUCCAACCACUUGUGUGUACCUAGAGGCAGAAUUCAGAAGCAUUGAGACAGUGGCUUCAAUUUGAACUGUAAAGCUUGUUAAUUUCCCACUGAAGUUAAUAAGUUUGAAAUUAAAUUUGUGCUGCUUUGGAGCUGCAUCUGAAAUCAAGUCACCAAGCUCCUUUGAAUUCUCGAUGAUGAGAUCAAAUUCCCUAGACUUUUCAUCGAAGUUUAACUUGAUGCGCUAUUCUUCGACAAGUGCAUUGAACUUGGAAUUAAUUGCAGAUGAUCAGCAGGCUGUGUUUUGCAUAUACUUCAAUACCCGACAUCAGUGCCAGAGCUGCAGACUAGAGUUUCCAUGUUGCAAAGCAUUUGGCUGUCAGCCAAGAGGGGAGUCCGCACACCACAGACACGGUUGUCAUUAAAAACGCACACCGGUUUGUAGUUACCACUCCAAACUGGAUUCCAUCGCAGCUCAGGUCUGGGGAAAGAAUACAAUACAUAAUGCAUUUGACAGGGCAGGUAACAGCCUGCCCUUUUUUUUUUACCAGUGGGUGGGAUACCUGACUUGCCCAACCCAUAGGAAUAUUAAGGAUUUCACAUUUUACAAGGCAUCACUGGCCUAUGCAUGCUAUUUCAUAGGGGAAAAGAUCUUGUUAGUUGUGAAAAGAUAUUUCAGUGCUAGAAAUUUUACACUUGCAUGUAAAAUUGGUUGGAGGAAAAAGUCAUGUGCACAGGGGCACUCCAACCAGAGCUGAAUUUUCAAAAGCUAUGGAGUUUUGUUUAGUUUUUUGGUUCUCUUUAUUUUAUUUUGAAUGAUAACAUUGAGCAGUAUGCAUAAGCAGUGAUGACAUAUAGUUCAGGAUAAUAAUUCAGAACAACAGAGACUUCAAUCUAAACUAAGCAGUUCCAGGUUAAAAGUCAACCUUGCUGGUUUUCAGAGUAAAAUGUUCUUUUAGUUAAUAAGAAAUUUGUCCAUAAAUGUAUCAAUGAAUGGUAUCCCAUGUAUGCAUUUGUUUUAUUGAAAAUAAUUUGAAUAGAUUGCAUUGAACUGAAAAGAAUUUUUUUACCUUCAAUGGAAAGAAACAGUCAAUCCCCAGGAAACAUGAGAAAAGUUAUUAUGCUGUCUUUUUUCCAACCCAUCUCUUCACCGUGUGCAAAGUCACUUGUGAAGUUAGCAUAAAAACCGGGAUUGAAAUCAUCAGCGAGGUGUGACUGGGGAAUGACUAGCCUCCCUAGAUAUCCAGGGGCCCCUCAAUGGUUGGGCCUGUUCUGGCCUGUCGGAGACCCCCACUGACACAUGAUACCUACAUCAUCAAGCCCCUUGCUGAUUUGUCUGUAGGCUCAUUGGCCUCUCCCACGCACUCACACUCUUGGCCCAAGGAUUGCCUACAUGUCGCUUCAAGUUCAUUUUUUUUUUUUUCCCCUUGACUUUAUGACAGCUAUGAAAGUCGAUCGAGAGUUAAUGGAGGGGGGAUAAGCAUUAGGUCAGGAACGGUCAGAAGAAAGGAUUUUUCCCGAAGCAUUCAGGUUUCCGUUUUACUGAGGGAAAUGAUUCCUGUGAUGUACAUGAAUAGGACUGUGUUUAAGCACAUGUCAUGUAUCACCGCUCUGCUUCAUUUAGAUUGGCCAUGCAAGAAAAAUCAUUUUCCAUCAGACAUAUAGAGUGGCGACAGAUGUCAGAGUAGCUGUGCUCCUAAUGUUAAUGAAGGCUAGAAUCAAAUUUACCAGCGCUGAAGAAAAUGGUGUUUGUUGACUGUCCGGUGGAAGCAAAUUACAGCUUCAUGUAACUGCAAGCUAUGAGUUCUGUGACUCAGAAUAUUUGGUUCAAUCCUAAAGGUAUAUUUGAGAAUUACAUUAACACUUUGCAGAUUGGAGACACUGGGUCUUAAAAGUGCAGAACACUUUACAAAUUUAAGGAUUAAAAGCAAAUCCAGAAAAAAAGUGCAGAGAGUGUAGGUAACCAUAAAUAAGGAUUGCUUUCAAGUUUAGUAUGUCCAUUUGGAUACCUGGGAUGACGGUUUGUUGUUACGUUCAUGAAAUGCUAGACGGUGCUUUGAGUGCUUCUAACAUGCUAAGUUGUAAGUUAAUCAGUUGUUGACCAUGGGAGGCAGGGUGCCAUACCACUUUACACACCUCUUCCCUUCAACGAAGCUGACCUGUCCUCUCAUAUGAAAGGUCAGACAUGAGUAGCCUAGUGGCAGGGACGGAUCCAGAACCAAAUUUUGAAGGUGGGGGGACUUUUUUAAAGGGUGCCAAAAAAUUAGUGACUUUUUUCAUGUAACCAUUUAUGGUCUUUAUGGGUUAUGCUAUGGCUUUGUACAUGCUUCUUGAUGGAGGGGAAAUGCUCUUAUCUAGUGGCUGAAAAUUUGUCAACUUCUUGCUCCUGCCCUAUGGAGUGACAUGUUGCCACGACUUCAGCACUGACAUUGAUGUUUGUUUUUGAAGAUUUGCUGGGUUGCAUUCAUUGUCCACACUUUGGAGUUACUCAUUCCACUCACCAGGUAUUGCAAUUGAUCAAAGAAUUUAAAUAAUUGCUGAAUUUGUUCCGUUUUUAGUUCAUAAUCCAUCAGCACAAAGCAGUCUGGGAUUAGGUUUAAUGAAUAAAUAAAUAAACAGGGCUGGAGUGCAAGGGCUAUGAUUACUUUGAGAUGGAGCAGGUAGCAGUUGCCCUACCGCCGUUUCAUGUUUGGUCUUUGGAGAUCCUACCUCAGCACCGACUGCAGAUGGUCUUGUGAGUCUACCUGAAAGAGUGGCAGUCCAGAGGCAAAUUUGAUUUCCUCCCUUGUUAGGACAGCUCAGCGGCUUUCAUCCUCGGUGGUUCGUUUUUGUUGGCGGCACGUAGCCGUGAUGAAGCACCCUGUCGCUUUAUUCCUCUGCACGGCACGGCCCGAUACAAUCCAAUUUCCUCCGGAGUUCUCAUUCAUCAGAAGGCCACCGGUUCAUCAGCUAAACAAGUUGUUGCUCAGACCGGAGUAAGCCAAGCGGCCUUUUUAUCAUUAUAGGCUAAUCUGGUGACCAGAAUGAGAAGCCAUUACUGCGGAGGCUCUACGCCCCUUGCACAGGUGGUUCAUGACAGUGAUUGACUCUUCCACCAGUGGGACGCUGGAACUUGCCCAAAUACACCUGCACCUCAAGGACCAUCAGCCCUACAGGAGUAAUGGCAUCAGUGAGAAGUGAUGGAUCCUGCUGACAAGUGGUCUUGUGUUCUUGGUUUCAAUCAGUUCCUUAGGUUCAGAAUUUGAAUCAAAAGUGAUGAAGAAGUUUCAAAGUUCAGCACCUUUGUUUCAAGUUUCUUUUUGAUACUUUGUUGAUUUCCGUUUGGUUUGAUACUGCAGCUUUCUUACCCAUUGGUAUUACAUUUUCUGUGUCAGUGCUUUAUUUUUUUAUUUCUUUAUUUAUUUGAGUUUCAAGGAGAGUUCGUGUUCAACAUUCUGCAUGCAGAUCUUGACCUUUUUGUCCAAAUUGAUGCAUCAGGGGAGAGAUGCCUGGAAGAAAGACAGCUUUAGAAAUCAACGUCUUGGCACGGUUAUGCUAGGACAGAGGCCUGGAUGUCUAGUUAAACAGCACCCUGCUGAGGUGAACUUGAUCGAGACUCAUUUCAAGUCUGAUAGUAUGUUAUUCUCAGCUUGAGCUGGACGAGGAAACGGCACGCUAAGUGGCCCUCUACCCUUUCAAUUCUUCAUGUUGUCCACAGCCAGGGGACGUGGAUUGCCAGAAUGUAUUCCAUCUCCCUCCUCCCCAAGCCCACAAUGUUAGAUGCUUGGCCCCGUCUAAUGAUUUCGGAGCGGAACCUGGCCGCCUAACUCAAUUUGAAUAGAUUGGAUCUGAUCUUUUUAGUGUCCACCAAUGACGUCAGCCUUGCGAGAGGCUCUAAUUCAAUGAUCCUGUAAUGACCACUCCUGACACCCCUGUUACUAUCCCUUACAGUUCCCUCACAUACAUGCUUCCUUGUACAUUUACCCCUGACAUCAUAAACAUCAGUUCUUUUCUUCUUUUCAUGCUCACUACCAAAGCACACAUCACCCCCCACACACACACACUUCUUAGUCUUUGCAGAAAAUUUGUAGCCAGUUUGUUUAAUAAGACAAGUCAUGUUAUCAGCUAUGCACACAUGAAUAGACUGUUCAUUAUUGGUCUUGUAAUAGCUAAUUAGAUUUGGGUGAGUCUGAUAAGUAAGUCAGGCCACCUUAAUAUCUGUGAAGCAUCAAGGGGCCUGGAAUGAUUGGAUUGUGGUAGUCAUCAGUCUUGAUGAGACAGAUAAAACCAAAGAGACCUGGGAUGGAUUUUAAUUAAGGCAUAAUUUGUUAGGUGUCUUUUAAACAGUAAGUAAUCUGAGUUUUAGGCAUGCUCCCAGUCUGUUUAUUGUCAAGAAAAGGCAAAGAGUGUUUGUUUUAUUUCUCCUGAAUUCUCCUGCAGAAAUUAACAUUUUUUCUCAUUACCAGUGACAUAUUUGGGAUGUGCAGUUUGGGCAAUCAUUGUUUGGAAUGGCUUUGUUUUUUUCCUUAAACCAAUGAAAUUUUCAUUCCAUUUGAUAGCAGAGUUUUUCACCGUUGCUCACAGCUGGUCCAUACAUACCACUCACUUGUGAGUUUCUCCAUUAUCUUAUCAUUGCAAUCUAAAUGAUUUCAUAAUUCAAGUGUUUAUGAUGUGUCAUUGAUGUUCACAAAUGUGUAAUUAACUAUUUUUUCUAUGAUUUGAAGAACAUUUCAUGUAAGAAUUACAUUUAAUUGAUUGUUUUUGUUGAAGAAAAGUGAUGAUCAGCUAAGGAUGAAUCUCUAUCAGUUUUUGUAAAUACAAUCAAAUAAUUUAUUAACAUUUGAAGGAUUUGAUUCAUAGUCAGAGACACAUCUGAAAUUAUAUAAAAGGAGAAAACAAUUCCUUCUUUUAUAUUUUAAAAAAAGACAGACUUUAAUCGUUGCAAUGAACUAUGUUUGUUGUCCUAAUUUAAUGUAGGUAACUGUCAUUGCAUCAGCCUUGUUUGCACAGUUAUGACAAGUGAUUAGUGCAAACACUUACAAUAUAACUUUAAAUUUAUUGGUGGAAUUGUUUAUAUAUGUUAAUUGUGCUUGUAUGUGGGGCACGAAAUUGUCUAGAUUUGUAUUAUCUCUCCGUAAAUGUAUGAGAGAGUUUUAAUGAGGCUGUUGAUGAGAUAAAAGUAAUGUUGUUAGGAAGACAGUAAUUUCAUAAAGUUGAUCAGUGUUUGCCAGGCUUAGUUGAUCAGUGUUUGCCAGGCUUCGUUGAUCAGCAUUGGCCAGGCUUAGUUGAUCAGCGUUUGCCAGGCUUGGUUGAUCAGCGUCAGGCAAAGUUGAUCAGCGUUUGCCAGGCUUAGUUGAUCAGCGUUUGCCAGGCAAAGUUGAUCAGGGUUUGCCAGGCUUAGUUUAUCGGCGUUUGCCAGGCUUAGUUGAUCAGCGUUUGCCAGGCAAAGUUGAUCAGCGUUUGCCAGGCUUAGUUGAUCAGCGUUUGCCAGGCAAAGUUGAUCAGCAUUUGCCAGGCAAAGUUGCUCAAAACUAUGUUGAUUGUGAAGCUGGUACUUUUGAUCGAAUGGGUUCUCUUUUCUUUCCAGAUACAUUGAAAUAUCGCCUUGAGGUCCUAAAUGAUAUAUGCAAACAGACAUGGUAUUUUUUUCUAUAUCAGGUCAAAAGCUUGACUUUGAUAAAUAGUAACAUUAGUGCUCAUUUGUUGUUUGUAGCUUUGUGUUAAAAAUGUAACAUAGUGGCAUUUUGUUGUACAUGAAGGUUCCAAGCUCAUAGUUAAAAUAAUAGCUUUUUUAUCCACAGAUUUUGAAGAUUUUUAACACUUUGUAAAAACAGUGCCACUCAAAACUUGGGUAGCAUGAAGCUUUGAAAAGGCUUGCAAUAUAUAUUUAUAUAUUUACCAAUGUAGUUUUUAAGUCAAGAAGGCCUAAAUUAUUUUAUAAAAUCUUUCCAAAUCUUUGUGCAUGUGAUUGUUUUGUUUGAUCCCUGAACAGUCUAUUUCAGAGGGAUUUCUUUGACUGAAUUGCAUUCACGUUGUCUUGGGGGUGUUUCUGUGGGUUAGUUUUUAGGACAAUUUUGGCAUGAAGCCAUUUAUUCAGAUGUAGAGUUUCGAACAAAGACUCAAAAAGAAGACAGAACGGAAGUAUUGGACGUUUGGUUUGGCAUGAACAUGUAAAGGAAAAUUUCCGUUGCUAUAUAUACGUAUAAUAUAGUCACAACUCACAAGUUAUGCUGCAAAAUGCAACAGUAAACGUGACAUAUUAUGCAACUAUAUUUAGACCUUACGAGAAUGGAAUCACACUCAGAAAUCGUGUGUUGCACGCUGUUAUCAAUUGUCAAAUAUUCAUCUUUAGGAUUACAUGACAAAACUUUCUGUAAAUUGAUAUUUAUCAUUUACUCUCCAAUCGUCAUGCUUCGUUGGUACACUAGCGUGAUUUAAUGUCGUCUCGCCAAACUUUUGUUGUAAUUUGUGAACAUGUACGUUCUUGUAAGAAUUUCUUUAAGGUGGUUGUGGAUAACAUGGCAUAAUCACUUUAUUAUCUGUCUGUUCACCCGAUCAGUGUUUUUCACCUGUUCUCUUAUUAUCAGUGACCUGUAAAACUCGACAUGUAGGCCUAGUCGGGUUUUCAUGCGUUCCGUUAUUUAUGGAAGCGCUACCCAAUUUUGAUCUGUUGUCUACGUGCAGAAUUUCUUCAUAGCCGGCUGUGAGAGAAUUCUGUUUUAAUAACGCAGACUGCGUGCCAGUUACAGAAGGGUUGUGUGGUAAGCUAGCAGGGUUGCCGAAAGUAACUUUGCGUGAGCCACGGCUAAUGCCAGACUCGAGAGGAUGAGACAAGGUUUAUUGGGAAGAUCGGGUAGGGCAUAGGUGAAAUGGUUCUAUCAGACUAAACAAAAUUCACGGUAAGGUCUAAUCAGGUGUUCCAUAAGGUCUUAGGUUACGAUUAAAGUACAGCUUUGCCAGUAGUUUUCUUAAUAAUGUAGCUACACUUGAGUAAUACGGUUUAUAAAAAAGUGUUUUUCGUCAGCCCUUCAUAUGGUUUACUCUGUGCGGAUUUUGGAGGCAUUUUAAGAAUUGAAACUGCGAUCCCAUGCAGUUUCUCAGUUUAACAUGAAUAUGAGGAGUUUUUGCAGAUGACUAGGGGGGGGGAAACAAGAGGUAGCCACUCCAUUAGGUAGACUUAUUUUGCUAUAGAUAUGCUUUGGUGAGUGCACUUGUUAAAUUCUAAUGGUUGUCAUGGUUUAAUGGACCAAAGGUGGACUCGUCUUGUGUGAUGGAGAAGAUUAAAAGAUGGUUAGAGAAUGCAUAUAUUCUUACACAACA